AUGCAUACCUCAUCCUUUUUCACCUAUUCAGACUUAAAUGACUCUGAGAUUCGAGAGGGGGAAAAUCGAGACUUCGAGAACUCCACCAUACCUUUUUCAGGAAUUCGUGGCUCAUUCGUCCGAGCCAGUACAUCCAGCGCCAGCACCGGAGCUAGCACCGACGAUGCCUCGGCUGAUUCAGUAGACUGGAAUGACGAAAAGUCACCAUCGAUCGACCGGGACCAAGGCCAGCAACUACACCUUCAGUCGCAAUUGUUGGAAGAUAUCAUGGAGGUACCUAAGGUGGAAGAAAUCGAGGACGAGCUAUCAAGCAUCAAACAGGAUGUGGAGUCCGGACCCGCCGUUCCACGAAAACGUGGUCGCCCACGGAAACACCCGCUGCCAGUCCCCGGGGGUCAGGCCAAGGUCACCAAAGGUCGCUCCAAAACUGGUUGUAUAACCUGUCGUCGCAGAAAGAAGAAGUGUGACGAGACAAAGCCUGCGUGUUUGAACUGUCAGAAGAAUGCGGUUGUUUGCGAAGGCUACCCACCUAAGGAGAUUUGGAAAAGUGGCAGACAGAGACAGGCUGAUGCUCGAACCCAGUCCCUUGCAGCUAUCCCGCGCAGUUUACCCCUCCUCAUCGACGGCAUCGAAACCGACAUCGACCGCCGUUUUUUGGACCAUUUCGUAUACGGAUUCAGCCGCGUGCUGACACUGAUCAACGAUGACUCAAAUCCCUUCAAAGAGAUCCUUUUGCCGAUGGCGACGCAACACCGGGGGUUGAUGCAUUCACUAAUGUGCUUGUCCGGGUCUCAUCUUUCAGGUCUCGAUCCUGAACCGAAGCUCAGAGAACGGAAGUAUUUCCAUUUCCAUCGCGCGAUUCAGGAUCUGAAGGAUAAUAUCGAUGCUUCAUCGUCCUCGAAGCCUACCGAGGAUAAGGAUGGACUACUAGUCGAGGACCCGAUCAUCGCAUCCACCAUCGCCCUCAGCUUGAACACCAUCUGCGAAGGCGAAACCAACGGAGAAUACCGACCGCACAUGGAUGCCGCCCGAAUCUUGCUAUCAUCACGGCCACCCCGGAACGAGAAGUUCCACCAAUUCAUCGUCGAGUUCUUCCAGUACCACGACGUCUCAAACUCCCUCACAUCCCUCGACCGCCGCCCCAAACUUUUACACAAGGAGUUGAAUCUCCCAGACUUCGUCCCCGGCGCAGCAGCGGGGAUGUUCCUCGGUGUCUUCGAUGGGCUGUUCAACUAUAUUUCCGAGAUCACCCAGCUCCGCGACCGGAUCCGUGCCCGCUUCGAUGAAGGCUAUGAGCCGGCAGUAGACUACCAAACCCUGAGCGAGGCCGUCGCAAUUGACACGGCAAUCCGCACCUGGGAGACCUCGCACCAGGCCGAUACGCCGAACUGGUACUUGGCUCAGUUAUAUCGCCAGUCGACCUGGGUAUACCUGUAUCGGACGAUCCGGCCAUCGCGACCGAGCGAUAAGAUCGCCCAAGUCGUUGAUGACGGACUGUGCUACCUCGACCAGCUGCCGCAGGAUGCGGGCGCGUUUAGUAUCGUGCUGAUGCCGCUGUUCCUACUUGGGUGUUCUGCGUUCCUGCCGGAGCAGCGUCAGCGUAUCACGCAAGGGUUUGACAAUCUCAAGUCCUAUUCCAAUCUGCGAAACAUCGAGCCUGCUUUUAAGGUUGUUUCGCGGGUUUGGGAGAUUAUGGAUACUCAUAUGGAGGAUAGUUGGGAUUGGGAGAAGAUUAUUCGUGAUAUGAAUAUGGAUUUCUUGAUUACUUGA